UAGGCGUUGAAUAGCGGGCUCUUAGAUUUCAGAAGGUUGAAGGUCGCGCAAAGGUUCCGAAAUCGCAGUGUGUGUUAUAUUCAGUAUGCUUUUAUUCGAUGAAGUUGUGUUCUAAGUUGGGGUACAUAUCAUGUAUAUAAAAACGUCACCUUGCAAAAUAUUUGAGUCCUUUUUUUUUCCAAAGUUGAUUUAAUUUAAAGUUGGACUUCCGAUAUAGGUAGAAAAGAAAAAUAUGUUUCUUUUCCUAUAGCGAUCUGUAACGAGUAAUAAAAUUACAAAUGCUCGGUGUUUUUGAUGUCGAUCUGCUACCACAGGAGCUUCCGCACACGACUAUUACAUCAUGCCUUUGCAGUGGUGCCGUUUUUACAGGUUCUCAGCGAUCCAAGGGUAAAAAAUAUAACGUGGAAGUAACAAUACAAUAUGUCGAUAUGAAGCAAAAAAUGGUAUACGGCUUUAUGAAAAUCGAGAAUUUGACUCAAGAAUAUCCAAGUCUGACUACAUAUUUUGAAGGAGAAAUAAUAAGUAGACUACAUCCGUUCAUGACUGGGAAAUGGGAUGCUACCAUGGAAACAGAUGUUUUACACUGGGAAAAAAUACCAGCAACAAGUUCUCUAGGGAACUUUCAUGUAGAUAGUUUCGACUACUCUAUUUUAGAAACAUCCGAUACGAUAUUUAUGAGGUGGAAAGAAAAGUUCAUUGUUCCAGAUCCCGGGUUGAAACACAUAGAGGGAGCGUCAUUCGCUGGAUUUUAUUAUAUCGGAUUACAGAAAUCUAUUGGACAUGUUCUAGGUUAUUACUAUCAUCUUAACUCAGAAAUGUUUCAAUCUCUGGAACUGAAAUAUAAACCAGAAAGCACACCGUCUAUUUUUCAGUUGCGUUAAGAAUGUUCAUUAUUACGUAUUGGCUUGUGAAAUAGAUGUGUUUCAACUGAUUUAUCACUCGAUUUUUAUUUAUUUGCUAGACAGAAUGUGACACUUCAUUUUCAUAAUCUCUACGAAUGUAGCUAAAUAGCAUUUUAUGACAAAUACAUUACAGUUUUCAUCUUCAUGCAGUCCUUAAUCACCAACAGUAUAUUUAUACUAAUGUCUCUCAAAUGUACAGCUUUUAGUAUUUAUUGAAAAAUAUAGUUCUAUUUGAUA